GUUAAAUCGUACGUGCCGUCAGCUGUAGUUGAGAUCGUUGUAGUUGGGCUGUGUGAGCACUAGGUGGCGGCAAAGAGGAACAGGUGAGAGGGGAGGGGAUUUUUCGGUGACGUCAGGGGAGUCACGUUGCUUUUUUUUUUUUGCCGGCCGGGUUUUUUUUUUUUUUACAGCUCGCACAGAUUGGGAUUCGUUCAGAUGAGAGAGGAGACGCGAUAGAGCAAUAGUCAGUGUAUAGUCAGCAUAGAAGAGACCGGCUACAGCACAGCUUUCCCCCAGGAUUAUCACUUCUCGUGGGCGAUGUCUGCUCCCUUGUAGUCGGAGCAUUGCCGGACGCGCCCCCCGUUUCCCGGACGUGUAGACUAUAGACUGUAUAUCCUAGCGGCACCGGAACGAUAUCGCUGCUAUGCCUAUGGAGCUUAUGCAAAACAGGAUCAAGAAGAUCUGGCUGCCCAGGGAUGAGAUCCCCCAGGUGCCCAUCAACGUACCCUAUGAAUUGGUCAUAUCAUUUAGAGGCUGAAGAAUCCUCUCUCUGCCUCACUUUCCUUAUCAUUUGUGAUGUAUGGAGGCGGGGUCUAAUGUCCAGUAUCUUAUUAUCGGAUUACAUGAUUAUGACGCAUAGGAAUAUAUAUGAUGACCUGUGAGUCAGGAUACUCUUAUUCUAAACCACAGAGCACAUUUCAGCACACUGCUUCUACUGCUUUCUUAUAAUGAUCAACCUUAAAAAACUAGGCGGACCCCAGCUUGCUAACUCUCCUACUGUGAUUGUAAUGGUGGGCUUGCCAGCCCGUGGAAAGACCUAUAUAUCCAAGAAGCUGACCCGUUACCUCAACUGGAGUGGAGUUCCUACAAAAGUGUUUAAUGUUGGGGAAUACAGACGAGAAGCAGUUAAGGACUUCAGCUCCUUUGACUUCUUUCGUGCAGACAACCAGGAAGCCAUGAAAGUCAGACAACAGUGUGCCUUAGCUGCUUUAGCAGAUGUGAAGUCUUACUUAACCAAGGAAGGUGGCCAGAUUGCUGUUUUUGAUGCUACAAAUACAACAAGAGACAGAAGAGCCAUGAUAGUUGAUUUUGCCAAAGAAAAUGACUUCAAGGUGUUCUUUAUUGAAUCCAUAUGUGAUGAUCCAUCAGUUGUUGCCAGCAAUGUUAUGGAAGUUAAAUUGUCCAGCCCAGACUAUAAAGGUUGUUCAUCUAAAGAAGCCCUGGAUGACUUCAUGAAAAGAAUAAACUGCUAUAAGAACAUGUAUGAGCCUCUUGAUCCAGACAAUCAUGACAGAGAUCUCUCUAUGAUCAUUGUCAUCGAUGUUGGCCGAAGAUUUUUGGUGAACAAAGUACAGGAUCACAUUCAGAGCAAGAUAGUUUACUAUCUCAUGAACAUUCAUGUCCAGCCCCGCUGUAUAUACUUAUGCAGGGCUGGUGAAAGCGAGAGCAAUGUCAAGGGAAAAAUUGGUGGCGAUUCUGGCUUAUCACAACGAGGCAAAAAGUUUUCAGUUGUCUUGAAAAAAUACAUUGAGGACCAGAACUUAAAAGAGCUGAAAGUCUGGACUAGUCAGCUGAAGAGAACCAUACAGACUGCUGAAGCAUUAAAUGCGCCGUAUGAGCAGUGGAAGGCUUUAAAUGAGAUUGAUGCGGGCGUGUGUGAAGAAAAGACUUACGAAGAGAUAAAAGAACAAUUUCCGGAGGAAUAUGCGCUACGUGCUCAGGAUAAAUAUCACUACCGUUACCCAUCCGGAGAGUCAUACCAAGAUCUAGUGCAGCGUCUGGAGCCUGUAAUCAUGGAGCUGGAGAGACAAGGGAAUGUCCUAGUUAUUUGUCAUCAGGCUGUUAUGAGAUGCCUCUUGUCUUAUUUUCUGGAUAAACCUGCAGAUGAAAUGCCAUAUCUCAAGUGUCCGCUGCAUUCAAUGCUUAAGCUGACUCCUUUUGCAUAUGGAUGCCACGUUGAGACAGUCACAUUCAGCGUGGAUGCUGUUAACACCCAUGUGGAUAGACCAGAGGAUUCUAAGAAAGGUCCUACUCCGCUGAUGAGACGCAAUAGUGUCACACCUCUAGCAAGUCCGGAACCAACCAAAAAGGCCCGCAUCAAUAGCUUUGAGGAUCUUGGUUCUGCCUUGUCAGGUUGUGCCUCUCAGGAGCCAUCUACAGUACAAGCUACACAGGGCGUGAGUGAACCUGAGUUUCAGGGGCAGUUCAAAACCUUCCAAGUCAACAAAUGAUCAUCUUGUCUGUUUCUGUGCUCCGUUACUAAAGCAUAAAGCAUGUCUGCAAAUCUCUUAUCAUUGGACUCAAGUUUUGGAGCCUGCAGCUACUUAUGUCUGAACGCAUUGAAUCAAACUGGAAAACGCGGAUGAACACUUAAGGGUUUUGUAUUGUUGGGUUCUUCAACCAAGAACUAAGCAAGGAGCCUCCAGGCCAUUUCAUUUGCGGGGUACACAGCUGGGAACUGCUUGCAUCCUGCCAAAUCUAAUCUUGUGUUAUUCUUUUACUUGUGUUUUUAUUAUUGUUUGACUUAUUGUUUUGUAGACAUUGCUCAGUUGAUUUUACUUUUAUACUGUUUUUAGUUAGUUGUUAACCAAAGUAGAUAAAAAGGUAACAAAAAUUGCAUAAACAGUAGCUGAAGCCCCACAUUCCCUAUUUGCUAGUGGACGCUACAAAAUACUGCACCCUGAAACUUUCUGAGAUCUUGACUUUACGCUCAGUUCCUGCAGUGAUUUGUGUAACGUUUACACUGUGGUAUAGGAUGCGGCUCACUUCCUGACUAGUUUAGAAAUGGGAAUUCUUCACAAUUUACACUUAAAGGGGUACGCCGCUGGGAGCGAAUGCUUUUUUUGCACUGCAGGGGUCGGCCACACCCAUUAUGACGCCACGGCCACACCCCUCAAUGCAAUUCUAUGGGAGGGGGCGUGACUACCGUCACACCCCCUCCCAUAGACUUGCAUUGAGGGGCGUGGCUGUGAUGUCACAAGGGGCGUGGCUGACCCCCGCAGCGCAAAAACAGCAUUCGGAACAUUUAUUUCUGAACGCUUGGCAGUGGAGUACCCCUUUUAAGGCCGGUUGUCAGUAGUUUCAACCUCAAUUUGCAAAUCUUUGAGCUGCAUCCUGUAGCUUCAUACAUUCUAGAACGAACUUUAUCCCAGGCUGACCAGCUUGCUGUAUAGGUCAGCUAUUGGAGCCAUAUAUCACAGCACCAUAUGCCGCAGUGUGAAUAGUACUUUACUCUACAGUAAAAUGAAUAGCGCAUCCUAUGUUUCCCCCAAAGCUGCUAGUAGAACGGUAUUGCUUGACUGCUUUCUACUUUCUAUAACUUGAACUUCCUGGCGCUGCUUUCCCCUUCUAACGCCUUCCCUUUUAAUCUCCUUAGGCACAUACACACUUUAUCAAUGUGGCACGGGGAUUGGCCAUAUUUUUGAGCUCUUCUUUUGGUUGACUCCUUGAGGAGCAAAAUGAUAUGAAUAUUUGGGAGGGAUGAUUAUAUUUUUGUAUAGUUUUACUGUAUCUCAAAGAUGCAUAUUUGCACUUUAAUGCUUGUGACGGGGUUGUGAGGCUCAGAAUUCAUGAUAUGGUAUGGGUUGCGAUUGAUGGAAAAUUGUUGUUUUUUCGAAGAUGUAUGGUUAUGUCUGACACCUGAGGAAACAACAGCUAAGUGGUUUUCAUAUGCUGAUCUGAAUCACAGUGAUAGCCUACUUUACUGUUGCACUGAGACUGAUAUUUUAUUGGGCUGCACAGUUGGAUUACAUAGUUAUCCCAUAGAAAAGUAUGGGAUUUGUGGUGUUACGGGCCACAGUAAACUGUCGUAGACCCUUAAAACUUAAUUGGAUUGUGUUUGUGUGCACAAUUGUAUUUGACUGGAAAAUGUUCACUUUUUAUUUUUUACAUUUUGUUUUAUGUUACUUUAAACUCUAUUGUAUCUGGAAAUGUAUGCAAAUCAGUCACUUUAUAAUGUCACUAGAGGCCACUGGAUAGGGUGUAAAUACAAGGGUUAAUGUUAGAGGUCUUCUGUAAUACAUAGCCAUAGAUCUACAAAUGUUCUACACACAAUCCAGUGAUCUCUGGGCUCCAUUUGCUUUUAAGUGCACCCCAUGGGUACUUGGGGAAUGUAAUAUUUGUUGGCAUUGUAUUGAUGUCUUAUCAGCACAUGGAUUUUCUUAAUUGUACCAACAAAUAUAUUGUGCUGGUUAUUGCUCUGUUUCUGUGUGCUUUUGGCUUUAAAUAACAGUUUUUUUAGUUGGUCUUACUGUAGAAGUUAACGUAGAACCUUUUAUUAGUAAAACAUUGCAGACCCACUUUAUUAUUUUUUUUAUUUUUAUUUUUUAUAUUUGAAAAAAAAACAUAAUUUUUUUAAAAUUUACUUUUAGGUGUGCUAUUUAUUUAUUUAAUGUUGUAAGCUCAGCUAUGUUUCCAUUACCUAUGUGAUGUUUAUUGUAUUUUUAAGUGGUGUAUUUGUCUGGUAUGGUUGCCUAAGAGAAGCUACGCCAGCUGAUACAAGACAUGCCUUUCAGAUAUUUGUAUAUUUUGCAGUUGCUGGACCAAUAAAAUUAAAGUUGUUGCAAAAUG